AUGACAACCAAAAUCUUGGAUCCACAACAAAAUCUGGAAAGUAUUAUACUAAUUUGGUAUGAUUCGAAUAUCGAUAAAACUAAUGAUACGAAAGAGACGAUGAAUGUAUUACGAGAAAUCAAUAAUUGUGCCGUGUUUCAUAUUGAUCUACAAAUUUGUAUUAAUCAUAUUAAAUCAAUUAAGAAUGAAAAAAUAUUUCUUAUUACAUCGGGACAAGAUGCUACAAUCAUUUUAAAAGAAGUUAAUUCAUUGAUACAAGUUGAUUCAGUAUUUAUUUUUUGUUUUAAACCUGAAAAAUAUCAACAUCUGUUACAAAAAUUUACCAAACUUAUUGGAAUUUAUUCCAAACGUCAUGACUUAAUAAAUUCUCUUAAAGAAAAUAUUAUUCUCGUCGAAAAACACUUACAGACAUUCAAUUUUUAUAAUCAACAUAAAGAAAAAUCCACAAGAGAUUUAUCGAAAGAAUCAUCUGAAUUUCUAUGGUUUCAAAUGUUUAAAGAUGUCAUUUUACGACUACCCAAAGAUAGUCGUGCAAAACAACAAAUGAUUGAAUUUUGUCAACAUUAUUAUCGUGGAAAUCAAAAAGAAUUAAAAUUUAUUGAUGAGUUUAAAAUGAACUAUCAAUCAAAUGUAGCUAUUAAAUGGUAUAUGAAAGAGACAUUCCUAUAUAAAAUUGUAAAUAAAGCAUUGAGAACUGAAGAUAUUGAACAACUACAUAUGUUUCGAUUUUUUAUUACUGAUCUAUCAUUUAAUCUUGCUAUUGAAUAUCAAAAGUUGAAAGAUAAAGGUGAGAAGAUCGUUAUGCUUUAUCGUGGACAAAAAAUCGAAGAAGAAGAACUCAAAAAUCUGAAACAAAAUGAAGAUAAUUUAAUUUCAACAAAUGGUUUUCUAUCAACAAGUCGUUCAAAACAACUUGCAAUUAAAUUUGCUACAAAAUCGACUACACGUACAAAUGUUUUUCCAGUUCUAUAUGAGAUUGAAUGUAACAUUCAAAAAAUAGAAUCAAUUAUUUAUGCUGAUGUUGCACAAUUUAGUGAUUAUGCAGAUGAAUUAGAAGUUCUAUUCGAUCUUGGAUCAACAUUUGAAAUAGUUUCUAUCAAUGAAGAUGUACAUUUAAAUCUAUGGUUAAUUAAACUGAAAGCUAGUGAUAAAGGAUCAAAAAUAGCUAAAAAAUAUAUCGAACUCAAUAGAAAAGAGGAAGAAGAAAUUAGUAUUGAAUUGAUAUUUGGUAAAUUACUAAUUGAUAUGGGACAAUAUGAUCAAUCAUUAAAGUAUUUUCAAAGUUUGUUGUUAAAUGAUCCUGCACAAAAUCAAGAUAUCGCAAGAAUUAAUAAUCUAAUUGGAUCUGCAUAUCAUAGUAAAGGUAAUCUUGAAAAAGCGCUUGAAUAUUAUGAACGUGCCUAUGAUUUAAUGAUCAAUGUUAGACGAAUGCGAUUAAAUGAUUCAGCAAGACCAUUAACAAAUAUAGGCCUUGUCUAUCAUCAAAAAGGUCAGUAUAAUCAUGCACUUAAAUUGUAUUUGAAAGCCGUAGAAAUAUUUGAAAUAUAUUAUGGAAAAGAACAUUUAAAAACAACAAAAACACUUACGAAUAUUGGUAAUAUAUAUACAGACAUUGGAGAAUAUCGACAUGCAUUACAAUAUUAUAAAAAUGUAUUAAAAAUUCAACAACGAUCCUUGCCAUUGUAUCAUAUUGAUACUGCUAUGACAUGGAACAAUAUUGCAGUUGUAUAUCAAAAAAUGAAUGAUCUCGAUCGUGCAUUUGAAUAUUAUCAAGAAUCAUUAAAUAUGAAACAAAAAUUACUUCCACCUGAUCAUCAGGACAUCGCUCUGACAAGAAACAAUAGUGCAAACAUAAAAGAUAAAAUGCAUCAACUUCAAAUUGCAACCCAUGUCACAGCUAAGCCGAAAUUCGGAUUAUUAAUGGUCAUAAUUGUUGCACGUGGACCUCAUUUAAAAGAUGCAACUAGUUUAUUUUGA